AUGACGGUGACGCCCUUCGACUUCGCGGCGAUCACAGGGCUCAGGGUUGGCGGAGACCCGAUCCCCUACGACUCGAGCCUGGUGCUGGACGACGCGGCUCUGAGGUGGUUCUUUGGGCGAGUGCCACGCCACAGCGGAGGGAUGGCAACUUACAGGCAGUUCAUGGAGUAUUGGGAACACGAGCCCGCGACUGACGAGGAGGCGGCCCAGAUGGCCUGGGCGUACCUGCUAUACUUGUUCGGGGCUUCUCUGUUCCCGAACAGGCGUAGUCGGGUGCACCAGUGCUACCUAGUGGGUUUGGUGGACCUGGGACAGGCGGGGCGCUUCGACUGGGGAGGUGCUGCUCUGUGCACGCUCUACUGUCUCCUUGGAGCUGCUUCUCGCGGGGUCGGAGACACAGUUGGAGGGUAUUGGCGAGUGUUCGAGCUUUGGGCUUACGAGGUUCUUGGGAUGUUCCCGCCCAAGAAUACUUGUACGGACCCGAACCUUCUUCCACGCAGCUUAGCCUGGGGUAAGGCGUACCGGAGGGCGAAGGAGCGACGAGGGGAGGUGAUGACUUUCCGGCGCUGGCUGGAUAACCUGACAGGGGUUGUGGUUCACUGGGACCGGUGGGCGGGGAUGGGGGCUGACUUCCUCCCGAGGAGCCGGGAGGUGACACGGAGCAGGGUCCUGCUAGAGUGCCCUCUGGGCUGGCAGUGGUACCUGGGGGAUCGAGUGACUCAACAGUCACUCGGUCUUCCAGCUUUCGUGGUUCCUGGGGUGCUUCCUCCGCGCGUGCAGAGGACUGAGUCCUACACUCGUGCUGAGCUCGAGCUGUUCACCGUGCCGGACACGGAUCUGGAGAGGCACCUGCGACACUCCUUGGACUACGCUGCUUAUGCGGAUCGGUACCUGGCGAGGAGCCUGGGGGUGGAGGAGGAGUUCAAGAGACGAGUGGCUGGAGUGGGGGCUUGGAGAGACGAGAGCGGAGCGCCGAGCCGUGGUGGUCGCUCUGCACGGGGUCGAGGAUGA